GCCAGUGAUCUAUGCGUCAGCUGUCAAGCCAACACGCAUAUUACGGUACUGUCUCUAUGCAAGAUUUGUUUGGACAACGAAUUAAUCUGAAAUUCCACAGAGACAGGAACACACACUCAAAGUAUGGGGACUGCGAUAUUACGCCUAUCAAGUUGGACUAAAGCGACUCGGUGACAGGAAAGUGGUUUGACAAAGGUUUAUUUUAGUUAAGAGGAGGAGAAAAAGGGUGAACAGGUUUUCCGGUUGCAACGUUGCAGACAUGCUAAUAAGCUAGCCUCGUAGUUCUACAACCGGCUUCAUUAGCUUAGCUAGCUAACUUAGCAAGCUAACAAGCCGCGGAGCUUUUCUGAAGGUCUUUUAAUUUUGUUUUAAAAUGUAAUGUUAACGCUGUCCAGUAUGACGUCUCGUGAUAGCUGUUGCGAAGUAAAAGUGCGAGCUUCGUUAAUGUGAAGCGGCGGACUAGGAGGUAGUGACGUUGGGGUGCUCAGGUGGUAAUGAGCAGUUACAACAUUACAACCAAAACAUCCACAUUGAGCUCUUCUUUGAGCCCCGACAGCGUCGACGCUACCACCAACAACAACAACAAGGAGUGGGAUUUGGGAAGCGAUGUGUUUUCGUGCUGUCACGAGAUGAGUCCCAUGGACGACACGAUGCAGGCAGGGAUGUCCUCAGUCCAGUCGGGACUGGACGGACACUUGCCGCUUCUACACCACAGCUCCCAGGACGGGUUGCUGUUGGACCUGAGCUCCCCGGUAGCCUUCCUCGACAGCAGCUCCUUGGAGUACAGUGACAACGAUGGGAACAACGCGGGUCCGUUGUUCGAGAGGAGAAAGAGGUCGCGGUCCAACAGCUCCAGACACCGCUUCAACGAGGUGGUCACGGAGCUUGGUGCCGAGGAGGUGCGGUGGUUUUACAAGGAGGACAAGAAAACUUGGAAGCCCUUUGUCGGGCAUGACUCGCUUAAAAUUGAGCGUAGGUUUCGGAAAUACUGUGAGCUGAACCCUGGUGCAUCAUGCUCCCAGGUCAGCGGUGCGGAGGAAGAGUGCGGUAAUAACGGUGUGGAGAGUAGAGGACUGAACGGUGCAGUGCCGGUGGAGACUAGGACCAGCAGUGUGCACGGAGGCCGGGGGUCCCUGGACACAUCCACCGUGUCCUCUGAGGAGAGGGACCCUGACAGCAUUGAUUUCAGAGUGGAGCCUGUGUGUGUCCGUGGGGGGCUCUAUGAAGUGGAUGUUAAAGAGAGGGAAUGUAAUCCUGUCUACUGGAAGCAACAAGACCAUAUUCCAGUCAUGAGAGGCCAGUGGUUUAUUGGCGGCACCUGGCUACCGCUGGAGCAAGAGGAAAGUGACCUCAUCGAGUACGAGCACCUGAAUCAUUUCCGCGGGCAACAAAUGCAGGACACCUUCGAGACGGAUUUGGUGGUCAGGACAGUCGACAGCAAAGAUGCCAUCCACAGCCUGAAGCUGAGUCGGACCCAUGUGGAUUGGCACAGUGUGGAUGAGGUAUACCUCUACAGCGAUGCCACCACUUCCAAAAUUGCACGCACCGUCACCCAGAAACUGGGCUUCUCCAAAGCCUCCAGCAGUGGAACACGGCUCCAUCGGGGUUACGUUGAGGAGGCCUCACCCGAGGACAGACCCCCUCAGACUACACACAUCGUCUUUGUGGUGCAUGGCAUUGGACAGAAGAUGGACCAGGGACGCAUUAUUAAAAACACUGGAAUGCUGCGGGAGGGUGUGAGGAAGAUGGAGGAGAAGCACUUUUCAGAGCACAAUGACGAGCAUGUGGAGUUCUUGCCAGUCGAGUGGCGCUCCAAACUUGCACUGGAUGGAGAUACGGUAGACUCGAUUACACCAGACAAAGUGAGAGGACUGAGAGAUCUGCUCAACAGCAGCGCCAUGGACAUCAUGUACUACAACAGCCCCCUUUACCGGGAUGAGAUCACCAAGGGCCUAACACAGGAGCUAAACAGACUGUACACACUUUUCUGCUCCCGAAACCCAGAGUUCGAGGAGCGGGGAGGCAAAGUGUCCGUUGUGUCUCACUCCCUCGGCUGCGUCAUCACCUACGACAUCAUGACGGGGUGGGAUCCUGUGCGCUUCUCUCAGCAGGAGCAUCACGCUGUGGAGGAGGAACUGGACCUGCGCUGGAUGUCCUACGAGGAGAAGCACGUUUUAGAGCAGCUGCGACUCACGAGGAAUAGGUUACAAGAGCUGGAAAAUCAACUGCUCACACUGGAGGCCUCAAAACCCUCAGCACGCCCGGCUCUCAAAUUUAAGGUGGAAAACUUCUUCUGCAUGGGUUCUCCUCUGGCGGUGUUCUUGGCUCUGAGAGGGAUCCGUCCUGGAACCAGCUGCCACCAGGAACACAUCCUGCCCACCUCCAUCUGCAGCAGGCUCUUCAAUGUCUUCCAUCCCACAGACCCUGUGGCCUACAGACUGGAGCCCCUCAUCCUCAAACAUUUCAGCAAUGUUGCACCUGUUCAGAUACACUGGUGUAGUGCCACUAGUCCCACGCACUACGACGAGAUCCGGCCUACCUUCCUGAACCCAGUCAAAGACCCGACAUCUGACACUGAGAGCAUCCCCAGCCCAAGCACUUCACCUGUACUCGCCCGCAGGCACUAUGGAGAGUCCAUCACCAAUCUGGGCAAGGCCAGCAUACUGGGAGCGGCGAGCAUAGGGAAGGGCAUCGGAGGCAUCCUCUUCUCACGUUUCUCCCGCUCCAACAGCCAGCCCUCAGUGUCUUUGGGACUGGAGGGAGUGGCGAACACCGAGGAAGAGGAGCAGAAGAGGACAGAAAGCCAUUCAGCAUACGGCCUCUCCACCUUGAUUCGGCCCACCUCGCCCAUUACUGACACAUCAUUGGAGCUGGAGCGGCGUGUCGACUUUGAGCUCCGAGAGGGUUUCGUGGAGAGUCGCUAUUGGUCAGCGGUGACCUCACACACAGGUUACUGGUGCUCACAUGACAUAGCACUCUUCCUGUUGACCUUUGUAUACAAGCAGAAGACGGCUCCCUGCGACCCCGCAGAAGACACUCCGGAGCCAGACUGACACAGCACUUUCGUUACAUCACAUGUACACUUUAAUGGUGUCUUAUAACCCUCUAGGGGGUGUGUCACCUUGGCGAGACACGAAAAUAAACCUCAUUCAUUUCUUUUUCAUGCACACAAACUACACUAAUUAUUCCUGUAUUUCCCUCUCAUCUCGCUCUUUUAACACUUGGAAAUCAUUACUGACAAACAGACUUAAUUCCAAGAUGUGCAUUUUUGUCUCUUUGUUUGUGUAGUAUUUACACAAUUGCGCACCCUAAGGGUGACAAUGUUGGACUAGGAACCCCUAAGGAGGUGCACACGUUGCCAGUAUGAUCACGAGCUACAUAUAAAUAUGGAAUAAGAGUCUAAUGAGCUUCAUGCACCCAAGAGAAGAACAGUUGCCGCCUGUUGAUAAAGUGUCCAUACGUUUCCUGUUAAUCAAUGCUUAAACCCAGCCUCACUCCCGCUAACUCGUACUGGAGCCUUGCGACACACUUGCCUGACCCUCGGUCACAGAGGCUUUGAGUUCUCUGUGUUCUUUUUUACUUUUUUUUUUUUUUUUUUUUUUUUUUUACACAGAGAUAAAUAUAAUGUUCAAAGAAAUGUAGUUUUAUCUUUAAAAUAAACCUUUAGCUACUUCAUCUCAAAAACUUAAUGCUGACAAGCAAAUACAAUGCCUUUCAAAGUUAGCCAAAUAAUAUUACUCCUGCAGAAUAUUUCUGUUUUAGUUUUUUCCAAACAAAAGCUUAAGACACUAACCCUUUUUAAUUAUGUUUUGGAAGUGUUAAAGAAAUGACGAGCAUUAUGUUUUUAGUUUUUGCUUUACUUCUAAUUUGUUUUAUGUCCGCCUCUUUUUGACAUUGUUUGACUCUUGAAAUAGAUAUGCACCAAAUACAGCAUGAACAAAACACCACUUUUAUAUACUACACAGUCAACUAAAGCAGAAUGAACUUUUAUGUUGCGUUACUAAACCGUACCAGGCACAAAAUGUCUCUUACUAACACCCUACAGGACAUCAUUAGUUUCCAUGUGACAUCACAUUAGCUGUACAUACAGAGGUUUACAACCACAUGAGGUUUGUGUCAUGACAUACACUCUUAAAACAAUGUAGAAUUAUUUUCUUACAGCCAGUUUAUUUUUUUAGAUCUCCCAAUGAUGUCAUUUACAAGAAGAGCUUUCACCCAAAACAAUCACAGCCAUUCAAACUAAUGCUUCUUUAUUAAGGAUAAGUUAUGCAGAGACAUUUCUGUGCUAUAUCUUUAUAUUGAAAACCAGAUUAAAUCCGCAGUACUAGAUGUAUUUUUUCUUAAAAAAUAAAUAUUUUUCCUAGUAAUUUUCAGGCUCUUGAGGAUAUAAACCACCAUCAAAAUGGGAUUCAAACUUGCGGCCAAAUAACAUUAUGGGUCUAGCUUAUUCGCAGCUUGGUGUUAGUAAUUGUAAGGCAUACUCUAUGAAAAAGUAAUAGGCCUACCGUAAAAAUAGCCCUUUUAGUUUAAGGCUUUUGUGAUACAUUACGCGCAAAAGUUAACUGUCUUCUUCUGGUGACCAAUUCACACUUUCCUCUUUUGAACAAUGGCUACGUCAGCUUGUCUUUUUCUUUGUUUGAAAUAAGUUUUUUGUUUUUUUUUGUCUAACAGUGCAUUUUCCAGCCAUCAGACGUGUCAUUGCCUAAUUGACACAACUUGCAAAUUUACUCCAAAAAGAGAAAUUUUGGACGACUGGAGACAGAAUCAUGAUUUUUGUUUUCUAAAAACGACUUUUGCUACUUAACAUGACUAUUGCCUUAGCUUUGUCAGAGCAGUUUAAAAAAAGAAAGUACUCCUGUAAUGAUGGAUUGACGUCUGUCGAAUGUGGUCUUUAUAAAAAAAAAAUAAAAUAAAAAAAUACGCCCAAUAAUGACGAUGCAGAAGUUAGAAACACUUACUCACUUUGCAUGGUGUCAUGUAUUUAUAGUAAAUAGAUGCUGGAACAAGAAGACAUUGCAGAGAGUGCCAACACACAUCUAAAAAAAAAACUGCUUUGUGUUCUUUACUGAGUAGAAAACCACUCAUGAUUGUUUAUGGACUUCUAAUGAAAUCAUUUUUAAGACUUUUGCAAUGGAUGAAGAAAUGGAAUUACCCUCAGAUUGGAAUUAGUCGUAUGUGACAGACUUGAUUAUUGUCCGUGUCAAAUUUUCUUUGUUUUAUAAUAUAGUUAUCAAAGAGCUGAUUUUUAAUUUGCUAUGGUGCAAGCUGCUGCUUUACUGUUCCACACAAUCAAGGGCUGACUGGUCCACCACUGAAUGGAAUUCAUUUAUUGGUAUUUUAAUGUCGAUGUUAUUUAUGCAAAGGCCUACUGACUGAAACCAGGCUGCCUCUCGUGACCGGAUAGGUGACCGAGAAGUAGUGUGGAAGCGGAGACGAAUAAGGGAGCGUGAUAUGAAAGUGUUUCUAUGUUUGAUCUGGUGGAUCUUGCCCAUUCAUCCGCUAUGAAUCACACACAAAAGUGAUGUAGAUUACAGCCCGUUGUUUAUUUCUUUUCUCAGCAUGUGUUACAUUGCAGCAGUCGAUGCAGAAAGCAAUAACAUGUAACUUGGACAGCAGGCAUGCAAUUUACCUUGGAGACCUUAGAUAUGUAAUGCAAAAUACAAGGACAAUUCCAUUAUUGCCUCUGUAUCCUUUAAGUCACACUUGGGGGGGUUCAGACACAGCAAAUACGUAUUCUCAGUGUGACAAUGACGAUGUUCCUGCCAGUGUUGGUGAUUAGGCUGCGUGUUUCCAAAAUGUUUGUGAACUUUCCACAUUUUUCCAUUCUAGCAAUUCUCAAUUCAAGCACAGAUUUUCAACUUUGUUCACUCUGCUUGCAAAAAAAAAAGAUAACGCAACUAAACUGGAGAGCAUUACAGAACGCUCUGUCGAGACACUUCGGACCAUACGAGCAUUUAAUGCACAGCAUUUUGAAUGAUCACAGUAUAUGUUUUCGUGUUGAAGGCACCACAAGCAUCAGGGAAAAGUCUACUGUUACAUGUUUUGUCUAUUCAACACUGCUGGUGACACCAGUUUGAAGCCAUUAUUAAGUAAAAGAAUUAAGCAGAUGUGUUGACAGUCUUUAAAAUGUUCAAAAGGUCAAUAAGAAAGGGCCUGCAGCCAUAUGUAAUCAGUCACUGGGUGAGAAAGAGAAAUAAGCAUUGAAAUUUAUUAUGGGUGCUUUGAAUGAAAUGUGCUAAAUUUGUGUCAGGUACCACUGUUACUCAAUCUUUGAAUGGAGGUCCGGAAAGUGUUUUGUUUUUCUGUCCUUAGAGCUGUGCAAUAACCCAUGCCUGUAAUGGAUUCUAACUGCCAUCCAAAGCACUGUAUUUAUUUCCUUUUAUUAAAGCAUUUCUUUUUUUGAAUA